GGUUGUUCUGUUUGUAGCAGAGGUUGACACAUAUUUGGUCAAACAGAUGAUCAGAUUCCACCUACAGGAGAGAACACUGGAAAAGGCGACACCAUCACUUCGACCUGCUGACUCUGAGCACACUGAAUACUAAAUGGCUUCCAGAUCAGACGACAAUUACUGCUGUCCAGUUUGUAAGGACAUCUUUAAAGAUCCUGUUGUUCUGUCCUGCAGCCACAGGUUCUGUGACAUCUGUUUGCAGAACUGGUGGAAAGAGAAAAAAGUAAAGGAGUGUCCAGUUUGUAAGAGAAGAGCUUCAAAAGAACCACCUCCUGAUAUGGCCUUAAAGAAUGUCUGUGAGUUGCUGAGAAAUCAGAGAGAUUCAGAGUCUGUCUGCAGUCUGCACUCAGAGAAACUCAAACUCUUCUGUCUGGAUCAUCAGCAGCCAGUUUGUCUCAUCUGCAGAGACUCUGAAAUACACAACAACCACACAUUCAGACCCAUCAAUGAAGCUGCUCUGGAUCUCAAAGAGGAGCUCCUGAAAUCCUUAAAACCUUUAAAGCAUAAGUUAAAGUCUUUAAAUAAAGUGAAAGAGGAGUUUGGUGGAACAGCAGAACACAUUGAGGUCCAGGCCCGACACACAGAGAGGCAGAUUAAGGAGCAGUUUAAGAGGCUCCACCAGUUUCUCCAAGAGGAAGAGGAGUCCAGGAUCAGAGCUCUGAGGGAGGAAGAGGAGCAGAAGAGUCAGAGGAUGAAGGAGAAGAUGGAGGCUGUGAGCAGAGAGAUAGCAGCUCUGUCACAAACAAUCCGAGCCACAGAGGACGAGCUGAGAGCUGAACACGUCUCAUUCCUGCACAAAUACAAGGCUGCAGUGGAAAGAGUGCAGCAGCGCCUCCUGCUGGAGGAUCCACAGCUGGGCUCAGGAGCUCUGAUAGACCAGGCCAAACAUCUGGGCAACCUGAGCUUCAACAUCUGGAACAACAUGAAGAACAUGGUCUCCUACACUCCUCUGGUUCUGGACCCAAACUCUGCAGACACACGACUCAUCCUGUCGGACAGUUUGACAGAAGUGAGAAAAGGAGAAGAGCAGGAACUUCCACAUAAUCCAGAGAGGUUUAAGUACACAGUCCUGAGCUCUGAAGGCUUUAACUCAGGGACUCACAGCUGGGAGGUCGAUGUCACAGACAAUAAAAACUGGUCAUUGGGUGUAGGAACAAAGUCUGUCCAAGAGGAUGACCAAAUGUCUGAAGUGUGGAGGAUCUGGUUUUUUCUUGGUAAAUACUUAGCAUGGACAUCAACAGGUGGAUACACUUUUCUGUCAGUUCAGACUGAGUCUCAGAGGAUCAGAGUGAACCUGGACUUUGACGAAGGGAAGCUGUCAUUCUCUGACCCUGAUACAAACACACAUAUACACACCUUUGCACACAGUUUCAAUGGAAAAACACUGAUUCCAUAUAUUGACACUUACAAUGACACAAACAAUGUGAAGGUUUUACCGUUGAAAGUCUGUGUAACAGUGAAAUAACUGAGUUAGAAAUAAUGAUUAUGACCAUGAUUUAACUCCUGUUUUACCUCACACCUCCAUCAACGAUUUUAAAUGGUUUAUAUUUAGUUUUAUUAAUAAUGUUCUAAACAAUGAAAACAUUUAAAUGAAGCUAUUGUAACACAUAAGAAAACAAGGAGAAUAGUGACCUGUUGCCAAAAAAUGAGUUAUAAUUACGGUUCAGUCUCAGACGUCACUGUUCACAGAAUUUCCGUUAUCUCCAUCAGCAGCAUUUACCUGUACUAUUGCCUUAAUCUGACAUUUAUCAAUAAGUUAUUACUAUUUUACCACCAUUACUAUGUCUUUAUAUUCACAUUUAUUUAAAUUUGGCAUCAAAUUGACUGAUUGAAUUGUAUGAAAGGCACUCUUCUAUCAUUAGUUGGCAAUAGUUGAGUUUCUGUCUGAUCUUAUCUGAAUGAUCUGCUGUGAUUUCUGCUUUGUGUUGAACUGUGUGUCUCUGACAAUAAGUGAACAGUUACAAAAUAACAAAUAGCUUAAUUUCACCGCUAUACUGAGAGUAGUUGUCCAGCAUGGACACGCUAGUGAUUAGCAUGCUAGUGGUAGGAUGCUAACUAAAUGUACAUACUUUAUUCAUAUUCAAACUGUUAAAGUGCCAUUAUAGUUUCUGUAAUGACAACAAAUGUUCCUUCUAGUCAGAGCUCAGUGGGUUUUUCUCUGUAAUAUUGUUGUAAUUUGAAUUCCAUUAGCAGUUUGGUGUUAGCACUGUAUUUUGCUAACAUGCUAGCAGUGCUUUUCAACUAACUGUAAGCUCAACAUGGUGCUCUACCUUUGUGAAUAAUGUAACAUGAAAGCAGUGACUAUGAAAAUACUAAGGUGGUUCAGUUAUUUCUUUCAGCUGCAUACUGACAUACAGACUGGAUUUGUGUAGAAAGAGCAAAAUGAAAACUGAUCUGAGAAUGAUUCUUAGUAACAAUAUCUGAACUUGAUUUGUAUCUUCAUUGUUAGCAACUUGUUAAUUAAUUACAUAUUUUACACUAAAUGGUAUAGCAUGUUUACUGAUAAAAAGAUAAGAUAAAAUAAACUAAAUGUCUGGUAAACUCUGAGAUUUAGCAGCAUCAAACUAAGUCCUACUGAGCUGAAAAUGGAAGGAACACCUUUCUAAUACUGGGCUCCUCUUUUGCCUUCAGGACUGCUUUAAUUCAUUAUGGCAGGGCUCUCAAACUCAUUUUGUUUCAGGGGCCACAUUCAGCCCGAUUUGAUCUCCAGUGGGCCGGACCA